ACGGCGCCCGUCACUUCCGAUUUGUUUCCAAAAUGGCGGAGGAGCAUUUAAAAAUAUUCCGAGCUGCCAACGUUGAAUUCGAAAAACAGAACUUCAAACGGGCAGAGGAGCUUUACAACAUAUUUAUCCCAUCCUGCGCACAGUCCAGGGAACGUGACGCCGCUUAUUUGGCGACUGCUUACAACAACCGCGGACAAAUGAAGUAUUUUAGAGUGGACUUUAACGAUGCUGUGGAGGAUUACACCGCAGCAAUACAGGCUGACGGACAGUUUGAAGUGCCCUUCUACAACAGAGGACUAAUACACUAUAGAUUAGGUUUCUUUGACAACGCCAUUCGGGACUUCCAACAAGCUUUAAAGCUCAAAGAAGAUUUCGAGGAUGCCAAAGUCGGCCUUCAACGCACGCUCCUGGACCAACGGGACAAAAUAAACCGAGGAUAUUGACAUCUGUGUGCAAAACUGCAGUCUAAAUUAUAUCUGGCAGGGGAAUUUGUAAACCUUCACACGCUGCUUGUGUAGGUAAACACAUCCGUCAUCUUAUUAGGUAGGAGACUAUCCCAGUCGACAGGUCAUCAGUCAAUCACAGAGCACGUAUAAAGACAAACACAAUUCUAGAACAUUUAUAUCAGGGGUGUCAAACUCAUUUUAGAUCGGGGGGCCACGUGGAGAAAAAUCUACCGGACUGGUAAAAUCACGGCACGAUAACUUAAAAAUAAAGACAACUUCAAAUUGUUUUUUUUUGUUUAAAAAUAGAACAAGCACAUUCUAAUAAUGUACAAAUCAUAAUGUUGUUUUUUUUGUUUUUUUUACACUUACAUGUAAAUAGUAUUCUGUCUUUAUUUAUAUUUUCUGAAUAAAUGAUGUGAUAAUGUUCAUCAGUCAA